AUGACUCGCCGGAAUCUCUCACACAAAUCGUCGCUGGAACACGACUUCGGCGACUUUCUGGCAUUGGAGCCACGCUUUAGCAAGAGCUUAGACCUUUCUCCUGACCAUACAUUUAACAAGACGGCCUCCCUAGGCACUGUCUCGCGUUUCGAUGGCCUCACAUCGGAAAUGCUUCACGCGCGUGUGAACUUCGAG